AUGCCUACCCUCGGCCUCGGACAUUCGCUGGUCUUCCUGUCCUUUUUCACUGGACUGUACGCGUACACAUGGCCUUCGAAUAUCGAUUACCUGGAAGGCGUCACGUAUCAACAGGCAGGAUAUCGUCGAUUUGGUGUCAUUGACGGAGUGAACCCAUGCAGUUUUUCCAGCGAAGGAGAAGGGAAGCAAGCUGCAGCGGAAUGGGUUCGGACUGCGUUCCACGACAUGAUAACUCACAAUGCCGCCGAAGGAACUGGUGGAAUGGACGCGUCAAUCAUGUUUGAGAUGGACCGACCAGAAAACCCAGGAUCUGCAUUCAAUGCGACAAUGAAUUUCAUGGUCAACUUCUACAACAUACAGACUUCCAUGGCAGACCUUUUUGCACUGGCAGCGCAUACUGCUAUCAGGAGCUGUGGUGGCCCUCGUCUUGCUAUGAGGGGAGGCCGUGUCGAUGCGAUCGGUGCCGGCGUUGCAGGGGUUCCCGAACCCACCGACGAUUUGGACACCAUCGUCACUCAGUUCGCGACCGCGGGAUUUAACACAACGGAGAUGAUACAAAUGGUGGCCUGCGGUCAUACUCUGGGUGGCGUACACGGCGUCGACUUUCCUGAAAUUACUGGAGACAAUAGUUCUACAAAUUUCGUUCACUUCGAUAGCACAUUCAGUUCUUUCGACUCUGCAGUUGUCACGGACUACCUUGACGGCACUACCGAGAAUCCCCUAGUCGUUGGACCGGAAGGAACAAACUCUGACCUACUCGUGUUCUCCGCAGACGGCAAUGCGACAAUGCAACGAAUGAUUGAUGUCGUUCCCUCCUCUGUCACCCUGUCCGAGGUCAUCGACCCGAUUCCCAUCAAGCCCGUAGCGAUUCAGAUGGCAUUCGACUCGAACGGGGUCCUCACAUUCACUGGAGAAAUUCGCGUGCUGAUAUCGAACCGAGAGGACACAGACCUCACUGCUCAGCUACAUUAUGCUGAUCACGAUGGAAACAUUCCUUCGAAUAACACGAUCUCCACCGCAGAGAUACACAUGACUGGAUAUGGCUUUGAUGCAGAGUUCAAGUUUUACAGCUUUUCAGCAGCAGUACCGAACGGCGUCUCGUCUUUCAAUAUUACCGUUAUUCCAUCCUCUGGCGAAGAGGAGAGGUACGAUAAUGGAGGUUCUGGGUAUCCCAUACAAGAUACCAUCGUUUUUCUGAGUUCACAUUCCUGUCUCGUUCAAGAGACAGAUGCGAAUGGCAACUGGAACCUGACAGCGGUUGCAGCAGUCCGUAAUGACGCAUUGUCGACGAAUCCUUCCUUUGACGUCGUGGUGAAGACGCAGCGGAUCGGUAUACCCAUCCCUUCGUUAGCUGUAGAGUCUUCUGCGAUGGAGCUCUGGAACUCGGACAUGUAUGAUGGCUUCACCUUAUAUGCGGGACAUCUCAGUCUCCCGAUAUAUUCGUGGUCGACGACAUUUGAUGUGACUGUGGGAGAAUACUCAGAUUUGUUCAAAUCCUCGGGGGGCCUGUCUGGUACAUGUUCGUAGUAAAUCUUGGUGGAAAUACAUGGCCUUUGUCCUCUUGCAAUCAUAUCGUUAGUAUCUGUAAGACAUCAUGAAGCUCAAAUUUCUCUACGUAUGCUGGGCUGGAAACUUUCAAAGAAUGAUAGGCGAAGCCUGGGAUUUAGACGAAAGUGGGGCUUGGCUCCUGGUCUUGUUUUCGCGGAGCUUUGUUACCGUUGAACACGGCCAUUACGUUCGGCAAGCUCGCUUGACCGUUGAGCGACCUC